CCGCGUUCCGGGCUGUGUGCGCCCCACAGCGGGAGUUGCGGCGGGCGGGGAUCCGAACCCUCCCGUAUUCCGUUCCCGGGGAGCCCCAGGCACCGAGGGGGCUGCCGGCUGGGAUUUUAGUGGAGACCGUGAUCUGUCGCGAUGAGUUUCCUGCUGCCCAAACUGACCUGUAAGAGGGAAGUGGAUCAGGCAAUUAAAAGCGUCGCUGAGAAGGUUUUGGUUCUCCGUUUUGGAAGAGAUAAUGAUGCUGUUUGUCUGCAGCUCGAUGAUAUUCUUGCAAAAACAGCUCAUGACCUAAGUAAAAUGGCAGUCAUUUACCUGGUGGAUGUGAACAACGUCCCAGUGUACACCCAGUAUUUUGACAUCAGUUAUAUUCCAUCUACUGUAUUUUUCUUCAAUGGACAGCACAUGAAGGUUGAUUAUGGGUCUCCAGAUCACACCAAAUUUGUGGGAAGCUUCAAAACAAAGCAAGACUUUAUCGAUCUGAUUGAAGUGAUCUACCGUGGAGCAAUGCGGGGAAAGCUCAUUGUGAGAAGUCCUAUUGAUCCCAAUAACAUUCCUAAAUAUGACCUUCUCUACCAAGGAAUUUAAUGGGUUAAUCUGAGAAAAUAAUUACACAAAUGGACAAUGUUGUAGUUCCCUUUUUCCUUUGAGUAUUUUUGGCCUCCUCUGACACUGUGGGACAGUUUGAGCAUUUAUCCUGAAGGAUCAUAUUGGUCUCCUUCUGAAGACAGAUAUUCUGUCACCUCAUGCUUCUUUCAUAAAUAAAGCCACGUGUUCAUGCACAGAGGUCUUUGAGUUGUGUGCUGACCAGCCCUUAGAAAACAGGCAGGCUGUGUGCAUCCUCAGCUGUGGCAUCUCCAGUGCAACCUUCUUCAGGGAACUGAGGCACGCUGGUAGUUUUGUGUUUAGUACCAUUUUCAUUCAGAUGUAAUAACAGCAAACGUGACAUUAAUAAAAAAGCUGUGCUUGCUCUCAAGAACAUUCAAUUGAAUGUGCCUUUCCUAUGAAGAAUGUUACAUUUUACCCAUUGCUGCAUAACAGGACAGAAGUUUCUUCUGAGAGAUGAUGACUGAAAUCUGAAAUGGAUAUAAACACAAAGGCAAGUUGAUGCUCUCUUCUCUCUGAUACCCAUUAUUACUGUUCAGCAGCUUUUUUGACUGAGAUUGGAAUGUUCUACACUUGUAGGAGAAGGUUUUGUCAUCUUUCAAAGGAUCCUUUUUGUGGCCAUUGAACACUUUUGAUUCCCAUGGGUUUGAACUGGAAAUUAAGAAUAAUUCUUUUGUUUAUAUUCACUUUAAAGAUUAUUUGAACUUCUGCUUGUACACAUUGCGAGCCUUGAGUAUGUAAAUUUAAAAACUGUAUUUCCCAUCUCUGUCUAAAGUUAAACAGCUGAGAGGAAGCAGCACUGUCAUUCCUUUGCAUCAGUUUGGUCACUGCAGGCUGCCUGAUUAGUGUGUCUCUAUAGCAGCUCAUGGCCAGAGUUGGCUUUAAAAUGGAAAUAAUUCUCACUGGCUGAGUUGGCUUUAAAAUGGAAAUGAUUUUACCUCCAUGUGUCAUGUUUGGGGCACACCAGCUCCAACUGGAGGGAAGCAGUAGUGUGUGCUUCCCUGAAGCAUUGUUCAGCUUAACAGUAAAUGUUUCAAGGAGGAAGGUGGAUGUUCCAGCUCUUGAAAGAUUUUAAACAAUACAUGGUGCAUAGGAGGAAACAGAUUGUUUAUAGAUGCUUUUGCUAUUCCAGAUUUGGCCUUCUAAUGAAGCUAAGCACUUAAGCAAAUGUUUUCCUGAUAGUUUAGUCUGAUUAUAGAGCCAAAACUACAGAAUGUUUAUUAUAAAAAAUGAUAGAUGAGAGUUGGUAUACCUUAACAUCUUUAAUUCAAUUUUAAAUUUCACAGCUAGCCAGAGGGUUGUGGCUUAAGGCUUUCAACAAUGGAUAUCUUUCCUAAUAGUUAACUUUUGUGUUUUUCUUCUCUGACAGAACUCAGUAGAUCCCUCGGGGUGUCCAGAGUUGCCGAGGACUCCACUGGGGGGCUUGGAGACCCUGGCAUCCUGCCCAGAACACCCGGGGAUUUGAUUUUGACCCUUGGAGCAAGUUGCCAACUUUGUAUGAGGAUGUGAAAGUCACACAGGUUUGAAUAGUGUAAUAGCAAAAUGAUCACAGGGUGAAAAUGUAGAUUUUAGGAUUUUUGGUACAGGGGUUAUGGGGACAAGAUGGAGGAAUCUGGGCGUGUCUGACCUUCCUCCUUUUUCUUCUUGUUCUCCAUUUUCUGCUGGGAUGUUGGCACUUUGGGAUUGGUCUAGAGUAGAAAUGCACUGUCCAACAUAGGUGAUAGGUAUUGGGAAUUAAGUGUAA